GCGCAGCCCGCUGCCAUCCCAGCCCUGGGCUCCCCCCAGCUCUGCUGAUGCUCCUCACUCCUGAGGUGACCUCCAGCCCCCCUCUCCCCCCCCCGGCUCCUGGUCGCCGGUGCAUGGUCUGUGAUCGUGGACAGGCCAUUCCAAGGGUGCCGUGGGGCAGGGGCUGGGCCAGCUGGAGAAGCUGCCCCAAGAAUCGUACACUGGGGGUAGGUCCUGUCUCAAUACCCGGCUCGGGUUUGGUGGGAUCCCGGCCUGUGGCUGAGCCGGUGCUUUCUGUGUGUGUGUGGGGGGGGGGGGGGAAUGGGGGACGGGGACCCUGAUCCCUGGGAGGUGCAUGAGCAGACACAAAGCAGGUUUGAUCCCCUCCAGCAGGGGGCAGCAGGGGACACACACACACACACACACACACACACAGAGAGUUUGUUAGGUCUCAGCUCCCAUGUUGCUAGUCUUUGACCCAGCAGGGGGGGUCCAUGUGCCCCAGGUCCUGCUGCUGCCCUGUGACCCCGCCCCCAGCACGAACGCCCAUCCCCCAUUGCAGAUGAGGACUGUCUCCCUCCUUCUGGCCAGUGGGGGGCAGUAUCUGCUUGAGAUUUUACCCACAAUCCCCCAGAGCUCUUGGCCCAGCCCUGCUCAGGCUAGGGACAGCCAGAGGCCGCUCUGGAUUAGGCUGAAAUGAAUGCAGAUAUACAAAUGAGCCCAGGUAGUGAUUUGCAUACAUUUGCAUAUCCCCCCAGCCCCCAUAGCCUUCACCCAGUUUGGCCCAUCAACUCCUGUGGCUGGUGGAUCAGGAAACCACCAAAGGCCCUGUCCCACUUGGUGCCUCAGUUUCCCCUCCCGCACUGUGGCUGUUUAAAGCGAGUGCUGUGGGGCAGGGCCUGUCUCAGGGUAAAGCGCCGUGUGGGUAACGGGGCUGUGUCGUCACGGCACCGGGGCUCCGGCUGGAAAAGCCCCACCGCCACGAGGGGCGUAGCGCCCAGCGCUGGGGCACUGUCUACACUGACGUUUUACAGCGCUGGAACUUGCAGUGCUCAGGGGGGUGUUUUUUCAUACACACACACACACACACACACGAAAGUUGCAGCGCUGUAAAAUGCCAGUGUAGACAAGGCCUCACUGUGGGUCUGUGCAGUGUGCGUGUGCAUGUGUGUGUGUGUGUGGGGGGGGUGAUAUGCACACAAAAGGCAACUUCCCUGAUUAACAGGUUCUUCCCCGUUUGUCCGUGGGAGGGGGAGUGUCUCUGCAUCUUUGACUGAUCCCAGCACUGUGAGGGGUGGGAUACCGAACCCAGGGCGAUGGGCACAUGGGGCGGCUCUGAGAUGGUGGGGCAGGGGAGUAUGUGGGGCUGGUGGCUGCAUCUCAGUGCUGGACAAGCUAUCUCGCUGUGGCAUUAUGUGCGGCUGUUCCCCAGCUGCCCUGCCCCAGAGGUGGCUGCAUCUCAAUGCCGGGUGAGCCAUCCCUCUGUGGUAUGGGUGGCUGUUCCCUGGUUGCCCUGUCCCAGAGGUGGCUACAUCUCAGGGCCGGGUGCACUGCCCCUCUGUGGUGUUAUGUGCGGCUGUUCCCCAGCUGCCCUGCCCCAGAGGUGGCUGCAUCUCAGUGCCGGGCGAGUCGUCCCUCUGUGGUACUGGUGGCUGUUCCCUGGCUGCCCUGCCCCAGAAGUGGCUGCAUAUCAGCACCAGGCUCAUUGUGCCUGUGUGGUGUUAUAUGCGGCUGUUCCCCAGCUGCCCCACCCCAGAGGUGGCUGCAUCUCAGGGCCAGGGGAGCCACCCCUGGCUAUACUGCUCGGAAAGCCCUGUAGAGAGUAGCGGUAGCUGUUGGGGGGUUGGGGGGGGGGGCACGGCAGGGCCGGCUGGAGACGUUGCCCCCUCCCUAGCCAGGCAGCUCCCCCCGCCCCCCAGGAGCCGAGCCGCGUCUGACUCCCAUUGGCCGCCUCCCUCCUCCAUGCGCAGCAGAAAAAAAAAAAAAGCCGCUUCCCGCCCGCCGGCCCCCUCCCUCUCGGACUCUGCCGCAUUCGCUCCUGCGACGGGAGAGACCCACGGCUGCAGCAUGGCCACCCCCACCGAGGCACCUAGGCACGAUGGCCAUGGACCCCGGGAUCCCUUCUCCUACGACUACGACACCCUGCGCGUGGUCGGCCUCGUCCUGGCCAUUGUCAUGUUCGUGCUGGGCAUCCUGACAGCGCUGAGUAAGAAAUUCAAAUGUAAAAAGUCCGACUCCAGCCUAUCGGAGGCCAGGCAACCGGGAAAGACCCCAACUCCAGCAGGCAGCGCGUAGGCCUGGUGCCUGGGAUGUAGCGCCCCCCUCUGGCUGGGGGGUGCAGACCCUGCUGCCCCCCCCUCGCCCAGGACGGCUCCAAGACCUCGGCUCCAGCGCCCGGCGACACCCGUGGGGGCAGGGAAGGGGAAGCCCUGUUAUCUGAGCCCCCGUCUUUUAGAACCUCUGCCUCCAAUUGGCUGGCGAGCCCAUUGCAUGCUGGGAGCAGGCACCAUAUGCAGGGAGGGGGGGGUCCCUUAGCCUCACUUGGCCCCCCCAUCUUGAUCCACUGGGUCCCCUUCACUUCCUAUCCCCCCCAGCGCAUGUGACCCCCCCAUGCCAUUACUGCUUUGCUUACAGCACCCCCUCCCCGCUGCAUUGGGGGGGUGCUCCACGUGGGGGGAACGGCCACACAUCACCAACACCCCCCCCCCAGGCCCAGACACGGGCCCCACCUGGGCAGGGGGCCCUGGGCCAGCAGCUGGAUGCUGACAGGGUGCUGCUUUCAUGACGUGUUUUCAGCCGCCCGCAGGGGGCGCCACCCCGUGGCUGCCCCCUCCACCCCCAUGCACGGGGCAGAGCAGACCCAGCGCUCAAUAAACAUAGGG